AUGAUCAUCGACAAUGACAAAAUUACCUACGUUGGAUCAUUCGAUGAAACAAAGAUCCCCGUCAAUGCAACAGUCAUCGAUCUAGAGAAUCGCAUUGUCGUCCCCGGUUUUAUUGACGGACAUGUGCACAUCUUGCACUUUGGACAAUCAUUGCAAAAGGUCGAUCUCAUUUCAUGUACUUCUCUUGAGCUGAUCCGGGAGAAAAUCAGGGCAUACGCUCAGGCCAAUCCCGAUGUUCCCCAGAUUCUUUGCCGUGGAUGGAUUCAAGCUUCUACAAAUGGAGUUGCACUAGCCAGCAUGUUGGAUGAUCUCGAUCCACGUCCCAUUUUUAUCGACGCUUUCGAUUUUCACUCUAUGUGGUGCAGCACUUCUGCUCUUGAAGAAAUGAAACUUGAAAAUAUAUCAGAUCCUCCUGGUGGUACUAUACAUCGUGAUAAGGACGGGAAACCCUCCGGCCUUUUGGACGAAACUGCCCUUACAAACAUCGUUUGGCCGUAUUUGGAAACCUUGUAUUCACACGAGGAUAAGCUGAGCGCUUUGGACGCAACUUUCAAGUCUUAUACGGCCACUGGCUAUACGGGCCUUGUGGAAAUGGGUAUGGACGAAAAUCUAUGGGAACUCCUAAAUGAAUACCGCCAGGAUAGUUCUAUUCCGUUUCAUAUUGGUGCUCACUGGCUUGUACCCUUCGCGAGUGAUCAAGAAGAGAACUUUCGAUACGUCGAUCGCGCUAUCGAAUUGAAGCAGAAGUUCGCAGAACCCGACUUUUGUAUCCUAGGGAUUAAGCUCAUUUGCGAUGGAGUCGUUGAUGGAUGCACUGCAGCUCUCACGCAACCUUACACCGGUAAAUCUGAUCCGGUGGACCCUAUUUGGCCCGAGAACAUGCUGCAAGAGGUGGUCCAACGCGCCGAUGCCGGUGGACUCCAAUGUGCCAUCCACGCCAUUGGCGAUCUUGCCGUGCACCAGGUCAUUAACGUUUUGUCACGGGCCGGCACCCCAGGGCGAAGACACAGAAUCGAGCAUCUCGAGAUGACCAGGUCUGAAGAUGCAAAGCGACUCGGAAAUCUUGGAAUCACCGCUUCGGUGCAGCCAGUGCAUUCCGACCCGGCUCUCUUCAAAGCAUGGCCCAGCCUAAUCGGCAAAGACCGAUGCAAGCGGGCCUUUGCCUAUAAGGAGUUCCUAGACGGCGGCGCUCCUCUUUCCAUUGGAACGGAUGCCCCUACCGCGCCUCAUUUCCCUUUUCCGAACCUUUAUAAUGCCACAACUCGGCGCUCAGCACUGGAACCAGAUUCUACUGAUACUGUUAAUCCAGAAUACAGUAUUAGCUUAGUUGAGGCUGCAACUGCGGCUACUCAAGGCGCGGCAUAUGCCCGUUUUGCAGAUUCGUGGACAGGUAGCUUGCAGGAAGGCUUGAAUGCCGAUUUCAUUAUUGUGGACAUGCAGUGGAACCCGGAUAUGCUCCUAGAGGCAAAGGUUUCUCAAACAUGGUAUCGGGGAAGUAAGGUUUAUGAUUCAAACAGUGCAGUAUAG